GUACAGUUAUAUUGCCAAUUUUCCAUAUUAACAAUCCAGAGACCGAGGGAGACAGGAGGGUGUGUAAAUACAGGAUCGAUGUUAAAAUUGGCAGUCAGUGAUUGGUAAACGAAAACCACACCACCGUCUGUGUUGGGGUCAAGUCUUGUUUGUCAAUUCCAAUUCCUUAAAAAAAAAAAAAUCAAUUCCCUGUUCCCUUUUAGUCAAUUCCAACACGUCAUUGCUCAAUAUUGCAGUUGGCGGUAUUGUGUUAAAGGCGUUUCUCACAGUGGCAACACGUUACGUAAUGUCUCAAAUAUAAAUUCCAUUUCCAUCGAGAGAAUUGAUUUUAAAUCGGAAAUGAAACGGAGCCCAACCCUGAGAGCAGUGCAGACCAGAGGCACGGAAACGGCAGUGGUUCUGACGUGUUCUGUAACGGGAGAAAGUUCAGGAUGGUGGAAGUCUCUCAGAUGAUUGACAGCGAUGUCUUCUUGGCGUUUUCCACCUACGCCACGAUCGUAGUUCUGAAGAUGCUGCUAUUGGGACCCAUGACUGGGUACUACAGGAUGACAAGGAAGGCGUUUUCGAACCUGGAAGACACGACUAUCCAUGGAAGAAAUGAAGAAGACAAGAAGAAAUUCCUCCGGACUGAUCCGGACGUGGAGCGUGUCAGAAGGUGCCACCAGAAUGACCUGGAGAACAUUGUGCCCUUUGUGGUUAUCGGUCUGCUGUACGCGCUGAGCGGCCCUGCACUGUCCACGGCCCUGCUGCACUUCCGAGUGUUCGUGGGCUCCAGGUUCCUGCACACCGUGGCCUACCUGCUGCCCCUGCCCCAGCCCUGCAGGGGUGCCAGCUGGAUAGUGGGCAUGCUGACCACCUUCUCCAUGGGGUAUCAGCUCCUGAGCACCAGCCUGGUCCUCUAGACCCGGCUCACACAGCAGGCUGUGGGUCAGCUGUACAGAAGAAAUGCUUUUAAUACGUGGUUCGAAAUGGCACCACAUUCAUUUUCGGGUUAGGGUUAGAGUUGUUUUUUGUUUUGCUUGAAUACAGCACAAGUUACUUGUUUCCUAGCUAAUUCAAAAUGAAAGCAUAUUCGUUGCCAGCGCUAACGGGUGAGAGAAUGCUGUUUGAAGCCUUGGUUGGUGUAGCUUUCAACAUUCCUGUUUUAUCUUCUAUAACACUGCAGUCUGUUGGAUCUAACCCCUUCUCUUUCAGGCCUAUAUUGCUGGCUGUCAUGAUGAAUGCACCUGAUGCUUUGCAGAGUUAAUCUCUCUCUAUUGAGAUGUGAAAGCAGGCAGCUUGUGAUUCCUGUCGGUUUGUACACAGCUAGUGUGCCCAGCACUGGCUGCUGUGUUAACAAGCGCAGAACACAGGGAGGCGUCUUUUUACGAGGGGUUUUGUGUGGGGAAACUGUCCUUUUUUUUCUUUGUAAUGCCAUUCGAACCUGAAAUCGCCCACCUUUCAUCUUUUGUAAAACCAAAUGAAAUAAAAUACCUUCUUACAUUUUCA